AUGUUACAUUUUCUAACUGGCGAUCUGCAGUCGCAGGACCCACAAGCGCUCAGCUAUCAGGAAAUCUCCAACCUAUCCACAGUAAUCCCGGCUCUGAGUUACACCUUUCUGCAGGCUCUGAGCACACCACAGUUCCUUCCAGCCUUGUCUGAUCUGGGCUCAGCAAGACUGACACCUGCACAGGCUCGGGUGUUUGUUCAGAAAAUCCUAAACAGUGGAAAGAUCUCCGACGAGAUGCUAUCACACAUGGGCUCCUUGGUCCUGGGGCUCAGCCCUAUGUUCCUGCGACAGUUAUCAGCCAAUCAACUUACAGAGCUUCUCCCAGCUUUGACCAAUCAUUCACGCUCGCUGAGCUAUGCCCAAACACUGGCUGCCAUGAAGACAUUGUGGGGAUCCUGGAAUGUAACACUGCAUGAGUGGAGACCUCUUCUACAUUCAUUGCCACUCAUUUAUUUGCGCCCGCGGGCCCAGGAACUGGUGUCUGACCCCAAGAGUCUGCUUGAUGUGAGAUGGAAUCAGCAACAGGCACUAUUGCUGUUCCAUGUAGCUACCCAAACAAUGGAAGCCGGAGUCAGGUCAUCCGCAAAUUCAGCCAUUGGACAAGACUGCGACCUCCUACAAAGUAUUCUGCAGGAUAAAAUACAAAAUAUGACUCAGUACUAUGACAUCAUCAACUCAUUACCUCGUCAGCUGAUGCUCUGUGCGUUGGAUCAGAUCACAUCCCCUCCCCCGACCCUUCUAAAACGCUUAACCCCUCGGAAUCUGGCUGAGAUCCACCCCACUGUGGUGUCUCUUCUUCCUCAGACGUCUUGUAGGAUUGUGUUAAACGCGCUGAGGUCGGAGCCUCGGUUUGUGGCUGAAUUGCCCCAGCAGCGUCGCUUUGCCCUUCUCGAUGCCUUGGUACAAUGCCUGAAUUCAGGAGGCACCAUGUCCACGACAGAAAAACUUGUAAACCUUGGGCUCCUAACGCCAUUUCUCCAAGGGGCAACCUACCAGGUAUUGUCCCAGAAUAUAAUCCGGCAGAGCGUGGAACAAGUGACCAGCUACUGCUACCCACAAGAGACUCGACUGCUGCUCGCCCAACUGCUGCAAGCGCCACAAGCUUUCAGGUCUCCGACACUGUGGACCUCUUCAUCACUAGAGCGGUUGGAUAGGCUGGUCCCUUUAUUGCCAGUCAGUACUCUGCAAUCUCUCAGCACAACAGCAAUCUCCAGCCAAUGGGUGAUACAGAUCUUAUCUGAAGAACAUCGAUGGAGGAAGUCCCCUCUGGGCGAUGCUUGUACGCGGGCAGAGGAUGCAACUGAGUCUCAGGACAGCAUGCAGAGACGGCGCACCUUGCUCAAAAAGUCAUCUCUGAAUUCAGCAAGCGGUCCUGAGUGCAACAUUCUCCGUGACAGCAUUGUCUCUGCGUGGGGGGUGGAGCUACUCCUGGCAAUGGCGCCCACCGAUUUCAUGGACUGUCUGGAAGUCAUCGGUCAGGACCCCGUGAUCCCAACCAGCGAGCUGACUCUUCUACUGGCCAGAGUGUUACAGGUACUAUAAAAAAAUUGUGUCUGCGCAACUUAAAUGAUAAUCACUAAAAAAUAUAAAGCGAGCGCCGCCCCUC